CCGCGUUUGCUCGGCUUCAGCUCCGGCUCCCGCUCGCUCGCUCGCUUGCUCGCCCGGCGGACACCGCAGGAAGAGGAAUCUACGAUGCUGAGCUGCACUCGUCCCUGCGGCUGCAGCCAUCGCAGCGGUGUGGAGGACGGCAGGUGCUCUGGGGUCCGCUCCUAUCUGCACCUGUUCUAUGAGGACUGCGCAGGUACAGCUCUCAGUGACGACCCAGAGGGGCCUCCAGUGCUGUGCCCCCGCCGACCCUGGCCCUCCCUGUGCUGGAAGAUCAGCCUGUCUUCGGGGACCCUGCUUCUGCUGCUGGGUGUGGCUGCCCUGACCACAGGCUACGCGGUACCCCCCAAGCUGGAGAGCGUCACCUUCAGCGAGGCCCCCAUAUUGGAUCAGCGCGCGGCCGACUACAACCAGGCCCUGGGCACCUGCCGCCUGGCAGGCACAGCGCUGUGCGUGGCAGCCGGCAUCCUGCUGGCCAUCUGCCUGUUCUGGGCCAUGACAGGCUGGCUGAGCCAGGACACCAAGGCGGAGCCCGUAGACACUGAAGCCGACAGCCACGUGGAGGUCUUCAGGGACGAGCCGCCGCCGCCGCUGUCCCCCGUCUUCCGAGACGCCAGUGGCCGGUCGUGGCUCUCGGCCCCUGGCAGCCGCUUUGGGCAGCCUGUGCAGACCGUCCAGCCCUCACGGGACUCAUGAGCUGCCCGCAUGGCAGCUCCAGGAGGCGCCAGAGCCCUCCCUCCUCCCCACCACCCCUUCUCUCUCUGUGUCUCCCCAACGCCUCCCUGUGAACGGGGCCCCUACCUCCUAAGACCCCUGACGACCCAAACCCCUGGGGGCAGGGUGCCAACUCAGCCCAAAUGCCAGCCUUCAUGUCUUCCCACCCUCUUCUCCUGCCCCAGCCCUUCGGGGCAGAACACACGGCCCCCAGCCUGUCCCCACUCCUCCCUCUGGGACUUUGGUGGGCCAGGCCCUUGUCCUGUUGGUCCCUGCCCCUGUAGCAGGAGGGGUGUGGGCCAGAGUCGGAGACCUUCCAGUUCUCCCCAGGGUGUGAGCUGGGCAGACAGGAUGGAGGAGGGACCGGGCGCUGUCAUCCUCCCAGGGCCUCCGUCCGAGUGGGCCAGCGAGCUCCCUUGAGCUCCCCCUCCAGGUUGGUGUGCAAACCUUGGCUCCUCACACUGUGUGUGCUCCCUGCACAGUGCCUCUGACCCCAGGUCCACCCCGCGAUGGGCAGUGACUACCCCAGUUUGCAGGUGAAGUGGCUGGGGGAGACUGAGAGAUCGUGUGUCCCAGGUCACAGUGCGAGGCCAUCUGCGCUGUGAGACCCCAGCGUCCUCUUGGACCAGCUCUGGUUCCACAGCCAGAGGAGAGCCCUGCACCUUCCUGAUCCCCAGGGGACCUCAGGGGUGGGGGACAUGGCCCAGAGACACAGACGGAUUAGGUCGCUAGGAACCAGGGGCAGGAGAAUUGGGGUGUCUUUGUCUGCCUCCUUGGAAACCGCCACUUCUAGUCCUACCCUGGUGACAAAAGGGCGCCUGCCUGUACCACCAGGGGGCGCUCCGACACAGCUCACGGAUCCCGCCCCUCACUCGGGCCGGCUCAGUCCCCAGCACUGACCCGCUGGCCCUUGUGCCUCCCGCCGCGUCCCCCUCCUGCACCCUUUGCGUCCCACCUUCCCUUCCAAUAAA